UGCGAUAAAUAGAUAUAGAAGCUGGCUUUGCUUUAAACCCACCCAUCACAUUUCAAUUCCCAGGUUUUCAUUUGUCCUGCUUCCUCCAGAUCCAAAGUCAAGAACUCUAGAAAGAAAACCCCGCCGGCCGGAGAGAAUGGAGGCGACGGCCUUUCGCCACCGCCGCAGUGACAAUGCGAGGCCGAGGCACGGCAGCAGAGACACCAGUCCUCGGGAAGACAGCAGGCGGCUUCCACCCCCUCCGCCGCCGCCGGAAUUCAUUCCCGCCACCAUCCGGCCGGCGACCCUGAAGAGGGUUCAGGUGGUUUAUUACCUGUCGCGCAAAGGCCACCUGGAGCACCCGCAUUUCAUGGAAGUCGCUCAUCCUCAUACCCGCCACCUUCUGUUGAGAGAUGUCAUGGAUCGUCUCCUAGUCUUGAGAGGCAAAGCCAUGCCUUCACUCUACUCUUGGUCUUGCAAAAGGAGCUACAAGAAUGGGUAUGUGUGGAAUGACUUGGCGGAAAACGACGUCGUCUACCCUUGUGAUGACGAGGGCGCUGAGUACAUCCUCAAAGGCUCUGAGCUCUUUCAGCCUUCUUCUUCUUCUUCCUCUGAAAAAUUGAGAGUCAAUGAUUCACAGAUGGGGUUUGACCUUGUGGUCAGAGGUGCCCAGCCCGUCAGACACGGGGACGUGGUGGCGGCGAAACGACGGCCGGUGGCUUCGAAACGACAUCCGGAGCCGGAAGAUGAUGCUCGGGACAACUAUGGAGAUGACGGCGGGGAAGUGUGCGCGGAGGAAAAUGCGAUGGGCGUGCGGGAAAAGGAUCUGACUCGCACUGAGUUGACUCGCGACGAGUCGUCUCCCCCGUCCACCGCUUCCUCCCUGUCCGAGAAGGGGAACGACGGAAGCAACCACAGCUCGUCGAUGAGGUACGAAGACGGGGACCCGGUGGCGGCGGAAUCGGUACUGAGUCGCAACUCGGUUCUGUUCCAACUCAUUUCCUGCGGCGGAUCCGCUUCCUUCAGGGCGAAGAGUCUAGCGUCGUUGUCGAGGCAAUCCCCGGCGGCCGCAUCUGCGGCGGCGGCGGUCGGAAGGAAGAGCUGCAGCGGCAGCGCUCUCCAGAGAGGGGUGAUGGUGAGGGCAGCGGCUGCAACGAUGGACGACGAGGAAGAAAUCAUCAUCAAAUACAUGUCGGAGAAUCCGAGGUUCGGGAACAUGCAGUCGGAGGAAAAGGAGUACUUCAGCGGGAGCAUAGUGGAGUCGAUUGCGUCAGAGGAGAAGUCUCAGAUCGGUCCCAGCCUCAAGAAAUCUAACUCUUACAAUGAAGAAAGGAAGUGCUGCAAGGGGGCCGCAGGGCUGGGAGAGGAAGGAGGAGGAGGAGAAGGAGGCGGGGUGAAGAAAAGGGGUAAAAAAAGUGAGAAGGCCGCCGCUGCGGGGAAAUGUAUUCCCAUUAAAAAGUCUUCUUCUAAACAGCCUUCCGGAAAGUGACACAGAUCUAUUGGGAAUAAUGAACUAACCCAUUUUGCCUUUAAUUUGGUUGGAUCCCAUCUAUGAACUCAUGGAUUAUGCUAUAUGUACCCCAAGGUUUCUACCCCAAUUUGUACCUCGCAGUUUUGCACCAACACUUUGUGUUGGUGUAAAACUAAUUUUUAUUAAACGCACCAACAAUUGUGUCCGUGUGAAUAUUUAUUAACGCACCAACACUUGUGUCGGUGUAAACCAUCAAAAUGUUUGUGCAAGCCUGUGGUGUACAAAUGGAGUAUAUUUUUUGGUGUAAGUGUAGCAUGGUCCAUGAACUCAUACAUACCAUUUGGCUGUAUUC